AAAAUAGCUUCUAUCACUAUACAAAAGCCAUAUACACCGACACAGUUUCAAUUGAACUCCUAAAAGAAAAUGGUGAUCACAAGCUCAGGAAAAAUUCAAGCACAGAGGGAUUCCAAAUAUCACCGGGAGAGUGAAUUGAAAGCAUUUGAUGACUCAAAAAUAGGUGUCAAAGGACUUGUAGAUUCUGGAGUUGCCACCGUCCCACAGAUGUUCAUCCACCAGCAAGAGAAGCGUCAUAACAAUUGUGGUUCCAGUGACAGUGAGUUCAGUAUUCCUAUUAUAGAUUUUCAAGGCAUCGACAAAGAUGCAAGUGUGCGCUGUGAAAUAGUAGACAGAGUUGGAAAUGCUUGUGAGAAAUGGGGUUUCUUUCAGGUGAUCAAUCAUGGCAUUCCCUUAAACAUCUUGGAGGACAUGGUUUGUGCUGUACGUAGAUUUCACGAGCAAGACACAAGGGUGAAGAAAGAGUUCUAUUCACGAGAUGAAAAGAAAGCGGUCACCUAUAAUACCAAUUUUGAUCUCCAUCAAGCAUCAGCAGCUAAUUGGAGAGAUUCAUUGUAUUGUCUCAUGGCUCCUCGCACACCAAAUCCUGAAGAAUUGCCUGCAGUUUGUAGAGAUACAAUGAUCGACUACUCAAAUGAAGUAACGAAAUUUGGAAUUACCCUCUUCAGAUUGAUGUCAGAAGCUCUUGGGCUUGAUUGCAACCACCUUGAAGAAAUGGGUUGUGCAGAAGGACUUUAUAUUUUAGGUCAUUACUACCCAGUUUGCCCCCAACCAGAGUUGACCUUGGGCUUUACAAAGCAUACUGAUAGUUCCUUCCUCACGGUGGUUCUACAAGAUCAAAGCGGUGGCCUUCAAGUUUUCCAUCAGGAUCGGUGGGUUGAUGUUAGCCCCCUCCCCGGAGCUCUGAUAGUUAACAUUGGAGAUAUGUUACAGUUAAUCACCAAUGACAAGUUCAAAAGUGUCUACCACAGAGUAAUGGCCACAAAUUUAGGUCCAAGAAUCUCAGUGGCAAGUCUCUUCAGAACACAUUUGCAAGAAGGGAAUGAGCAUAGAUUGUAUGGUCCAAUAAAAGAGUUGCUAUCAGAAGAGAAUCCCCCAAUUUACAGGGAAACCUCUGUUGAGGAUUAUGUUGCAUACAUCUACUCAAAAGGACUUGACGGAACCUGUGGACUGGAAAAAUUUAAGCUUUGAAUUCAAAUGUAAUCUGAGAUGCAUCCAUAAGUUGUAGUUUUGCGAGCUUAAUAGCAUUUAUAUGUUAAGAAGUGAUGUUUGAUUAACAAUUCAUCCUGGCUGCUAUGUUGUUGAUUGCAUUUUGUCGUAAAGGGGGGCGAGUUUGUAAAUUACUUUCAUGUAAAAAUACAUUAUGACCCAUCAAUA